AUGGCCCUAGAAACAACGACUGAGAGAAAGAGGAGGGCAACCCAUCAGAAGGUUCGCUCGGGCUGCCAAACAUGCAAAGUUCGCCGCAAAAAGUGUGAUGAAACACACCCUUGUUGUCUAGCGUGCACCAAUACGGGUCGAGUAUGCGAAUACGUGGAGACUCCAGACCGGCGCAAACGCGCCGUACGAGACAACCUAGCCAUCACCACGGCCCGCAACCCCGCCCGCAACCCCGCCCCUAACCCAGGGCCCAAUCUGCCCCCCAACUCUGUUGCACGACGGUUACUAGAUCCGAGCCAAGUGGGCCUUUCACUUGCUGAACGGCGGUACCUCGAUUUAUUCAAGACGCAUACUUCCAGAAAAUGUACCGGGUAUAUGGUCGAUGACUUCUGGCAGCGACUCGUUCACCAGGUCGCCGAGGAGGAACCUGCUGUACGGCAUGCAGCUAUUGCUUUGAGUUCUAUGCACUGGAAAUUUAUGCAAGAGACCGACUCAUUCAAAUCGAAGUCCAUGCCUAUGGCUAAGCCUAGGAUGAACAAAAUCCUACCUUUCACUCUAGCACAGUGCGCCAAGGCCCUUGUUUCUUUACGGCAGAGACUAACGAAGGGAGAUACAUAUACGACAAGCAGCGCGCAUCGAGAGGCAGUUCUUGUUUCAUGCAUUAUGUUAGUGUCAUUGUCUCUCUUCCAGGGCGAUGCUAAGGCUGUGACCGCGCACCUACGGUCCGGUUAUAGUGUGCUUAUGGAAUGGCAGAAGGUCAAUUUCGACGGGAAUCCCUCGGGGCUGAUCCUAAUGCGCACAUUUUCAGAUCUACAGCUACACCGGAUUACAUUCUCUCAACCACAGCAUGAUAUAGAGACGGAGGCCGAAGAUUUACCGAUUUGGAAGGCGGUUACCGUAUGCCGGCCUGUGUACGGGUAUUCGGAAGCUUCUGAAAGUGAUUUUGCGAUUGUCCUUGGAGCGGCUAUCAUGACAAAUUAUCCACAGGGAUUCGAACUCCGCGUAGGAUCUAGUCUACGGAGAUUGAACACCGCCCUUGCCGAUCUACUUUAUCAGAAUAGCGAGGAAAAGACAGUUAUAGAGAGAGUAACGAACUGGAAGAACGAGUUUCAUGCUUUCUUUUCGGCACAUAAGGAUACGUUAUCGCCGCAAGACCGCGGCCCGAUAAUACUAAUCGAGCUGUGGACUUUGGGCAGUGAGAUCAUACUGGCUUCCCUUAAGAGGCCUCUAGAUCAGAUGUCUUAUGACUCCUCUUUGCCUAUAUUCCAGCGGAUGAAGGAGCUGGCGGCGCUUUACUUGAGCUUGGAUGAGCAAGCUUCGGUGUUCUCCACUAAACCUAUGCUUCUACAAGUCCUCCACUUCAGUGCCACUAAAUGCCGUGACUGGCAUACGCGCCAAGAGACAUUACGCCUCGUGCGUAACUCCCCGCGGCGAGAAGGUUUCUGGACGUCGGAUCAUUUUGUCGCUACGAUAGAACAUGUUAUCAAAGUGGAGUCUGCUGGGUUGACGCCCAAUGAUGUGAUUCCACGCGCAGCGCGUAUUGACAUGAUGCAUCUCAGCCCUUUGAAUCAGAGCAAGUUCAGUGUUUGGUAUCAUCGACCUUGUACCCCCGAGGAGGUUGCCAAUUGUGCUGAUGACCAUGGGAAAUGGACGAACGUGGUGCUAUCAGCUUAA